AUGAGAAACUCAUAUUUGCUGUUGAUCAUUGCCAUUACAUUAGUACAUGUACAUGGCUUGGAGGAGUCUCUGACCCUUAUGAGUUUGGAGUAGAUGAAUUCAUUGGACACAUCCCAAUUUGACUGUUCUCGUCCUUAGUCUGAAUUCAUAUAGAUGGAGAAUUCCUUGUCUUAAUGGCAAGACUUGUUGGAACACAAAGAUUUCAUCGAUCAUGAUAUUUAAGUACUUCAAGGCAUCCAAGCUAAAGUGGGUCUCAAAGCAUCACAUAAAUAAGUGAUCAAAUCAUUAAGUCAACUUAAAUUACCUAAAACAUCCACAAAGAUAGGUUUGGCUGAAGUUGAAGCACUAAAACAAUAAUGUGGAUGUCUCAAAAAUUCUGAUGACAAUUGUGAUGCUCUAUUAAAAUUGCUAUCUUACUUCAUCCUUUCCCUAAGAAAUGUUUAAUCCCAAUGCCAAUAACAUCCAAUAACUGUAAUUAAAAUUAAGGGAAAAAUCCAUGAUCUCCAAGUCAUUAGAGGUGGCUGUGGAGGUACCAUAGAUAUCAAAGGUGAUGAGAGUUGCGAUACUCAAUAAGAAACCAAACCAGAUGAGCCAUCAACUGAUCCAAUCACUAAACCAACAGAAGAGCCUGCUACCGAUCCAAUCACAAAACCAACCACAGAUCCAAUUCCAGAUGAUCAAAAAGACUCAGAAGAUUUUACAGAAGAAACCACAGUUGAUACUACAGAAGAAACAGUUGAUACUCAAGAAGAAACUGCUGACACUCCUGAGGAAGAUCAAGAACAACCAUAGCCUGCUGAAGAGACAACUCAACCAGAAGAAGGAGAACCUGCAGUUGAUGAAAAGAAGCCAGAAGAAGAAGAAGGUGGAGCUACUGAAGAAACUCAACCAGGUGCUGCAGAAGAAUAAGAAGGAUCCCCAGAAGAAACAUAAGCAGAAGAGGCAGUUGAUACACCUGCUGUAGAAGAGGAAGCUGAGCAUUAAGUCCCAGAAGAAGAAGGAACAGAGCAAUAAACACCAAGUGCUGAAGAAGGGGAAAGCCCACAAGAAGAAGUUGCUUUAGCUGAGGAAAUUACUGAGCCAGAAGAAGAAGUUGAGAUUUAAGUACCAGGGGAAGAAUCUGAAGAAAAUCCUGCUCCAGCUGAAGAAGUCUAAGCUGAUGAUGCUGAAGAAGGAUAAUCAGAAAGUGCUGAAGAAGGAUAAGCAGAAAGUGCUGAAGAGUAAACUGGACCAUCUGAAGAGGGUGUAGCUCAAGCAACUGAAGAGGGUGAAGUUGAAGCACCUGAAGAAACAGCAGCAUAAGCUGAGGAAGAAGAACUAUAAAUUGAUGAACCAACUGAAGAAGUUGAUAUCGAAGUACCAGCAGAAGAAGAAGCAUGUGCUGAAGAAGAAUGGGGUUGGGAAGAGGAAGAAAUUGAAGAAGAAGUAAGUGAAGAAAUUAGUGAAGAAGAAACACCUUAAGAAAAAGAAAAUUAACCAGCAGGAGAAUCUGGAGAAGAAUAACAAGGAGAAGAGGAAUAAUAAUAAUAAUAAUAACCAGGAGGUGAGGAGACAGAGAGUGGAGAACCUUUAGAAUUUGAAGAAGAAUAAUAAGGUGAAGUUCCUGCAACAGAAGAAACUGCAGCUCCAGGGGAAGAAACUGCAACUCCAGGGGAAGAAACUACCACUACUGAUGAAGAGACAACAGAUGCUGAAGAGAGCAGUGUUGGUGAUGAACCUGUACCUGAUGAUUAAUAAGAUGAAGAAUAAGAAGUAUUACCAGAAGGAUGCAGAAAAGUCCCUGAAGAUGUUUUGGAUAUCAGUUGGUAGAGUACAGAAGCAGUAGCUGUAAGUGAUUUACCAGUUACAGAGACUUAAAUCAUUGGAUUAUCAUUCUAUUUCAGAUGGUUAUCAAAAUUCCCAGAUGCUGUUCCAGAGGGAUUGAGUUAAGAAACUAAGUUCUUUGUUGCUGGAUUAGGAAAUGCAUUGAAAUUCUAUGUAGGAUAAGGAGGAUUCCAUUUCAGUUCAUUCGAUGAGAAUGGUGUUGAAACAUACAAGAAUGCUGGUCAUGGUGAUAUUGAAGGACAAUGGGUACUUGUAUACUUCGGUAUUUCCAAUUAAAAAGUUACAGGAUUUGCCUAAAUUUAAGGAUAAGAUGUUGAGACUGUCGAAUUUGAUGUUAAUUUAACAUUAGAUGAAUCUUAUCAAUUGGUGAUUGGUGGACCAGAUGGUGAUGUUAAAUCAUUUAAUGGUUAAAUUGCUAGAGUAUUUGCAUUCAAUGAUGAAUUGUACACAUAAGCAACUGAAUUCACUUAAUUUGUUACUAAAUGCUAUGGAAUUCCUAAAAACAUUUAUAGCGGUAAGAGAUUAACAAUUCCAAUUGAGAAGGAGAGAACAUUUGUGUCUCCAGCUUCAUUUGAUUAUGAUAGUGUUUUUGAAAAUAAGAAGCCCAUGUUACCAGAUGAAUAUUCUGCCAGUGGUUGGUUCAAAUGGGAAAAACCUAAUGACUAAAAUAUCUGGCAUUUCAGGAUUUAGAUGGACUACCAAUAAUCAAGAGACUAAUCAGAACUUCAGAGUUCUUGGAGAUAGAGGACUUUCUUUCUUUGUUGGAGAUGA